AACAAACUUUCAGGUUCAUAACAGACAGUGCUAACAAAUAACCUCCCUUUCUCUCCGUAGACUACCAGUCUGCUUGGUUGCUCCCAAAAAAAAAAAAAAAAAAUUGAAAAAAAAAAAAUUUAACUCCCAAAAUUCAGUCAUGGACGAAGAAGCCCAGAAAAUGGUGGCUUUGAAAAAGGCGUACGCGGACAUAAUACUGAACACGGCGAAAGAGGCAGCAGCUCGGAUAAUGGUGUCGGAGCGAAAAGCUCUUCGCUUUCAACAGGAUCUGUCUGCAACCAAAGACGAGGCCCUUCGGAUGCUCGUCCGCUUGAAGCAAAUGAUGGAUUCCAAGACUGCUGAAGCAGAGGCAACAUCCUUGAGCAAGCAAAGAAGGAUUGAUGAGCUUGAAGCACAACUUCAAGAGGCAGAGGAUAUAAUAACUGAUCUCAGAGCAGAGUUGAAAUGGACUACAAAAGAGUUAGAGAAGGCAAAGAAAAACCAAGUGCAUUCUUUGAAUGGGAGAAAUGCAAGGGAAGAUUCAUCUGUUUCCAAGAACUUAACAUCUAAUCCUAUUAUAAGCUCUAUUUCGAGUUCAGGACUUGAAGCUGUGACAGCAUCUGACAUGAUGAACAUACCUAUGAAUCAAAGAGUUGUUGAUAAUGAAUGCUUUAAGUCAACAAAACAAACUGAAAGGUUGGAGAAUUUAUAUUCUCAAAACUCUGAUUUUGCCUCCAUAAUCAUGAGGACCAAGGAGCCUGAGCUGUAUAGAAAUGGAUGCACACAAAGAAUUCGUGCAUUUGAAAGAAACUUGGCUGAUGGAAAAUUGCCACCCUCUGGACAUGUAGACAACACAACUUCCCUUGUAAAGGAUGAGUUUACAAUCAAACCAAUUGACACUGAGGAAGGGAUACAAAAUUUAUUAUCUCUUAGGACUAAUAAAACGGAAACGGUUAGGGGUUCAUCAGGGGAAGAAAUGAAGAAGUCUGUUAAAGUCCGCACAACACGGAGAAGAAAGACUCGAUUUGGCAAAGUGAGAACUGCCCGGGGCUGUAGACAAAGUCAGAUUAUGAAAUCUUGCCCUGUUCUUUCUCGUUGUAAAAUGAACUUAGCCAGUGGAAAUGAUAGAUCCAAUGAAGGUGUGUGUGCCGAAUCUGCUAUUGAAGCUACCAAUAUAGACGAUGCAAAAACUUCUGAUGGGUUGGAAGAAAAAUUGCAGCAUAGAAGUGGCAAUCACAAAGAUGUGGUUAAGGUUAUUCAGAAAGGGAAAAGAAAAAGGAAAAUGAGAAGUGGGGAUGAUAAUGAUACCUCACUUGCCUAUACUCAUGAUCAGCUUAAAAAACCUUGUCGGCCGUCUUCUGUUCUUUCUCGUUGCCGGAGUUUUUCAUAUUUAGUUAAUGGUGGUGUUAAAUCUUGUGAGGAUCUGUCAGAUGCAGCUGAAAAUGAGACCAAGUUGAAGCCAUUGCCUGGUUUGGAUCCAGGGUCAACAUUAAUCAAAAGUGAUGUGGAUCCCAUAUCAGGUUCUGCAAGUGUUACUAUGAGUGCCCAAGCGAUUAAAAAAUCUGGACAGGUGGACAAGGACAUUGCAUUCAUAGAUGAGCCUGUUUUGGUAAAACAGGAACGUUGUGCUGAGUGGAAUUCAAGGUUUCCUAGUUCAGAAUUGAACCUUGAGAUGACUAAUGUAUCAUCAAUAAAUUCUGACUCAAAAGAUGGGAAGGCAUCUGAACAGUUAAAUGAAUCUCCAAGUCAUGUGGAAAACAAUAGGCUUCUCAAGUACACAUUUCAAAGGAAGCGAAAGAAGGAAGCUGUGAGCAACCCUGAUGAACUUGCUUCUCCUGAAAAGACUUCUGUGGAAAUGAUGACAGUGGACAGAGAAUAUAAUGCACCAGACCAAGAGAAAUCUAAUUUGAUGAAUGAAUCGUCUAGGGACAGUCGGCGACUGGCUCAGGUUGCCCGUCAGCUUAUAUCAUUAUCUGGAAAACGGUGGUGGUAGUACUGAAGAUGGUGACUCGUUUAGAAAUCUAAGCAACAAAAAUCACCUUUUUGAAGGAAGGGUUUAUUGAGAAGAUGCAUCGGCGUUACCAAAACAACUGUUGCACUUGCUGGCUUCAUAAGUACACAUUACAGAGAGGGAGAGAGAGAGAGAUUUCCAUUUCUAAUCUAUUGUUGGAUCUUCUUCUUCUUCUUCUUCUUCUUCUUUUUUUUAUUUUUUUUUAUUUUUUAAUUUUAAGCAAUUUUGUUCUUACAAUAUGUAAAACUGUUACCCCAUACCAAAACCAACAGCUCCACCCCACCCCAGUGUUAAAUUUUCUCUUACUAAAUAGAAAUAUAACCUAAUUAAAGUUCUACCCUUU